GCAUCGAAAUAAAGUUUGACUUGCAUCAUAUGCAAUGCGAGAGGGUGGCGCGGAGUGGCUUAUGGACGUCGACCCAAGCUGGUGGAAGGCAUUACGGUAAAUGCUUAAGACUUGCCUAAACAGAGUUACUUUUUUCAUGCGACCACUGCGUCCCGAUUGCUCUAUACUUCCUUUGCGUACCAUAAUGACGUAGAAAACCGUUGAAGGUCUUUAUCAGGGCGUGAAUUUUGUCCAUAUAAGUCGAUUUCAUCAUACCCAGGCGUGAUGGAAUAUUCUAUCUAUCCAUUCAAUCUCUGCUAUUGUCCUGUCACAUCUAUUGAAUUGUGCCCGUUAUUCAUUUCGCCAUAUUAAUUUCUCACAAUGACUUCCAUCGACCUGCUAAGUCUCUUCAAGAUACCUACUGGUAGCACACAACGAUGUAUCGGAUAUGCGAGGAGCACCAGCGACGGCUCCUGUGGAAACCGCGUCAAGAGAUAUGGAGCAGAACAGAUUAUCGAGCAGUCCCUGGCCGAGCCUUUGUCCAAACAAAAGCUUCGCCAGGUGCUGGUAUCUGUCGCUAAGGCCUCUCUCUGCGGUCGCUACCAUAAAGAUCAGGCCAUCGGUAUUGUAUACAGAUGGGAAGCCCGUAUCAGGAUGCAUUGCCCCGAGCUUAUAGAGCACGACAUUGAUCGGGAUACGUCUAUUGAUGCCGACGAUGCUUCUGCUGAUACCGUCUAUCAGUCAAUCCCAAACGUAGUAGAACUUACCGUUCCUACCGGAGACCAAAUCGAUACCGUCACCGAUAUCCCAGCCGAUACCUCUACCCAGCAGACACCUCUUGUAUCACAAUGCGGUGCCCACUGCCAGCGCCGCUCAACUGAUGAGGAUUGCCCUAUCUGCACUUCACUCCUGGCAAACGCCCCUCUCUCGUCCUUGACAUGGUGCAAGGUCCAAUGCGGCCACAACCUACACGCCGAGUGCAUGGAAGAAUGGCUAGGGUCACACAAUAACGGUCCAAGCUGCGUCGUCUGUCGUUCACCAUGGUUACCACCUUGUGAACACGAGACUGCAGAGCCACCCUUCUCGAUCUGGACUCAAGACGCAAGCGCAUCUGGUCUCGCUCGGUUGUUUGAUCCGAAGAAUCACGGAUUCAAUAUCUGGAACGAGGAUUGCCGAAUGGAGUUUAGGCUCCUAUUUAGCGAGGAUUGACAUCGAAGACAAGAGGCGGAAUUGAGAUGGAAUAGCGUUUUAUAAGAAGGAGAAGAGACUGAUGGGUCGAAUACUGCUUUCAAUGUAGUGGAUCCGCUUUAUAUGCCACUGCUUACAGUUGCGAUAUUGAUCCUAGUCGGGAUGACUUUUUGAUCCGGAGGUGCUUCGGUGUUUUGGGAAAAUGGUUGGGCUGAACUUGUAGCGUUCU